AUGGACCUGGAUCUCGACCUCGAGAUCCCUUAUGCUGCACAUGUCAGCUCGAAAUCUCCAAGAAGACGGUACCAGCCAUUGGACGAUGAUGACCCAUUCGAAAGUCCAUAUGAGAAUAACCCAUUUGAGGAGUCAGCACAAUUUGCUGCAUUUCCCAGCUCUAUUAUGGAGCAACAGCACCAGCACCAGCAGCAACAAGGACAACAGUAUAGCCAACCAGAUAUGAAGCGUUCGCCCAAUAUCUUUUCCAAGAGCAUUGGCCUUUCAAGUAAUAAUAGACAUUACAACAGCAACAACAAUAAAAACAAAACCAAAACCAAAACCAAAACCAAUAAUAAUAGAAAUAACCAGUCGCCGAAUAAAUCACCAACAAGGUCGCCUUUUGUUGGGAAAUUGCCAGAUUUGAGUUAUAGCAACAACAAAGUUAAUAAUCAUACUAAUGAUAAUGUCAACAUUUACAGCAAUAUUGACAUAGAUGCUGGUGUUGGAUCAUCACCAGACACUGCGCGUGGAAUGUAUACCUCGAGAGAGUCACCCAAACGACAGAGGGAGACAGAGAUCCUGAUUGAUACAGAUUAUCCUGCUUAUACAGGAUCACCUACUCGGUCUCUUAAAUCUAGCACAAUCAGUAGUCAACGGUUUCUCGAUCCCCCUGAGCCAAUCUUUGCACCAGGGUCCUUUGAAGAUGAUGACGACGACGACGACGAAGAGGAGAAACAGAAUCCUCAAAAAGUGCAAAAGGAGGUUUCAGAAAUUGACGACGACCAAGAGACAUAUUAUGAAGAUAGAAUGGGACGUAAAAGCACCGAGUCCAAGCUCAGUCAAGGGUGGCACGAAACCCACUCUCUUCAUUCGGGGUCCACAGCUUAUAGUGGAUACACUAGAGAUAGUGCAGAGUCGAGUCAUGAGUCGGAAUAUUUUGGGAGAUCAAUUGAUGGAAACAUGAUGCAAAAUGUGGCCAAUGGGUACAUACCAAACAGAGAAAAGAAUGUAACACGAAGGAAGGUUAGAGUUGCUGGGGGGAAUAGUGGUAAUUUGGUAUUGGAGAACCCAAUUCCGGAAGAACUCGAAAAAGUGUUGGCAACCACCGAAUCUCCAUUUGGAGAGUUUACUAAUAUGACGUACACGGCUUGCACGGCUAAUCCUGAUAACUUUAUGGAUGACGGGUUCACCUUGCGAGCUGCCAAGUAUGGGCGCGAGACGGAGAUUGUUAUUUGUGUUACGAUGUAUAAUGAAGACGAGAUUGCUUUUGCACGUACUAUGCAUGGAGUGAUGAAGAAUGUUGCACAUCUCUGCUCGAGACAGAAAUCAAAAGUAUGGGGCAGAGACAGUUGGAAAAAGAUCCAAGUUAUCAUUGUGGCAGAUGGAAGAAACAAAGUGAAAGACUCGGUUUUGAAAUUGUUGACUGCCACCGGAUGUUAUCAAGAAAACUUGGCUCGCCCAUACGUCAACAACCAAAAAGUAAAUGCCCAUUUGUUUGAAUACACAACACAAAUCUCGGUGGAUGAAAAUUUAAAAUUCAAAGGAAAUGAGAAAAACCUCACACCAGUGCAGGUCCUUUUCUGUCUUAAGGAACAAAACCAAAAGAAAAUCAAUUCUCACCGUUGGUUGUUCAAUGCAUUUUGUCCAGUUUUGGACCCAAAUGUGGUGAUCUUAUUGGAUGUCGGUACCAAGCCAGAUAAUCAUGCCAUAUACAACUUGUGGAAGGCAUUUGACAAAGAUUCCAAUGUGGCUGGUGCUGCUGGUGAGAUUAAGGCCAUGAAGGGCAAAGGCUGGAUAAACUUGUGGAAUCCGCUUGUCGCAUCUCAAAACUUUGAGUACAAGUUGUCAAACAUUCUUGAUAAGCCAUUGGAGUCCUUGUUCGGAUACAUUUCAGUUUUGCCGGGAGCUUUAUCGGCCUAUCGAUACAUUGCCUUGAAAAACCACGAUGACGGUACAGGGCCACUUGCAUCCUACUUUAAAGGUGAAGAUCUUUUGAAGUCUCACGAGAAAGACAAAGAGAACACGAAAACCAAUUUCUUUGAAGCCAAUAUGUACCUUGCCGAAGAUCGUAUAUUGUGUUGGGAACUUGUUUCCAAAAGAAAUGAUAACUGGGUUCUAAAGUUUGUCAAGCUGGCCACGGGUGAAACCGAUGUGCCCGAGUCAAUUGCCGAGUUUCUUGCGCAAAGAAGACGGUGGAUCAAUGGUGCAUUCUUUGCAGCGUUAUAUUCGCUUUACAAUGCCGGCAAAGUCUGGCAAACUGACCAUUCUUAUGCGCGUAAGUUCUGGCUCCACGUUGAGUUUACAUACCAAAUGGUGAGUUUAGUAUUCUCCUUUUUUUCGUUGAGCAAUUUCUACUUGACAUUCUACUUUUUGACUGGUUCCUUGGUUUCAUACAAAAGCCUUGACCACAACAGAGGGUUCUGGAUUUUCACAAUUUUUAACUAUUUAUGCAUCUGUGUUUUGACCUCGCUAUUCAUCGCGUCCAUUGGGAACAGGCCACACGCCUCAAAGAACAUAUUCAAGACGUUGAUUAUUUUGUUAACGGUAUGUGCAUUGUACGCCUUGGUUGUUGGUCUCGUGUUUGUUAUCACCACCAUCAACCUGUUUGAUACCGGUGGAGCGUCGACGUAUGUGUUGAUAAGCAUUGUUGUCUCGCUCCUUUCGACAUAUGGGCUAUACACUCUAUUGUCGAUCCUUUAUAUGGACCCAUGGCAUAUGAUUACUUGCUCGCUUCAGUAUUUUUUGUUGAUUCCGGCAUACACUUGUACUUUGCAGAUAUUUGCCUUCUGUAACACCCAUGACGUUUCUUGGGGAACAAAAGGUGAUAACAAUCCACAGGACGAUAUUUACAACCAAUACAUUGUUGAGAAGAACGAUGACGGCGAGUAUGAGGCGACGAUUUUGGACGUCAAUGUGGACGAAGUUUACCUCGAAGCGUUGUACGACAUUCGCUCAAAAAGAUCAAACAAGAAACUCGCUGCAACUACAAGCACAAAAACUGUUCUUGAUGGCGACGAUUAUGCAAAAGAUGUUAGAACCAAGGUCGUGCUAGUUUGGCUACUUGCAAAUUUGAUUUUCAUUAUGACCAUGGUUCAAGUAUACGAACCAGGUGACACGGCAAGAAAUAUAUAUCUCGCUUUCAUUUUAUGGACUGUGGCGGUGUUGGCGCUCUUUAGAGCAAUUGGCUCGAUUGGAUACUUGGUACAAAAUUAUGCAAGGUUCCUCGUUGAGAUGAAGAGUAAAUGGAUGCGAAAAAGAACUGGCUACGCAGUUACUAGUCAAAACGCUCUUAAUUGA